AUGGCUGAUCAGUCGGUUCAAGUAAAUAACAUAAAUACAGAAUUAGCAUCAACAAAUAGUGGUACAAUCCAAUCUUCUAACAACAAUAGUGGAAAUUGGACGACUAAAAUUAAUAAUAAGAACAAGAAAAAAAAUUCAUUUAAGGUAUUAAACAAACAACGAUAUCCUGCACAUUAUGAACGAACAAAUCAAUACAAUAACAAUCGAGGUGCAAUUAGUCGCUUUGGUUAUGAUGAUGGAAAUAUUAGCGAUUAUCAUCGUUGUUAUGGACAAGAACUGUAUUGGAGAAGUAAGAAAAAAGUGUUUAGCUUUAAUAAUAGGUUAAAUGAGAAUGAAGGAAUUUAUACGUUUCUAUAAAAACAAUUAUUUCAUUCGAACAUGAGAAUCAUGUUGUGUCUGAUGAUUUUAGAAUUUUUACAAUAAAUUAGACCAAUUCUCAUUUUAUUUUCAUGAACAUGUAAAUUAUCAGUCUUAGUUGAAUAACAUUAGAUAUUCAUGAAUAGCUCAACAAAAUAAAACAAAAUUUUAUUUAAAUCUGACACGAUUCCUAUUUAUGCUUCCCAUUUUCUCUUCAUUGAAAUAGCUCGGUAAUCCAAUAUCAUCAACAACUGAUUGUGAGAGCCAUCAACGAUAGAGCAAAAGGACAGAAAAGAACAGCGAAAAUAGCACUAACAAAUAAUGCGGUCGUACAAGCUUUACAUAAUUUAGGAAUUAAUAAACGAUGGGUCUCGUCUCCAAAUUUAGUACAAAUUUUACAACUGCAGACAAAAUUUAUUAAAGAUCAUUAUCUAAGAAUUGGUUCUCGUCUCGAAUUCAAGUUGUCAGCAAAAACUUUGUAUUAUUUCGAUGAACAAAAUAAAUGCAAGAAGACUGAUGAAGCUAUAUUUCUUUGUUUCCGUCUUCUAAAAGAUACACCUAUUCUUCAAAAUUGAACUUUUUAUGUAUUUUUUUUUCUUGUCUACUAUUCCUAUGAAAAAAACAGCUUCUUAUGUAAAACAAAUAAAUUUUAAAGUAGAUUGUGAUACCCAAUAAAAGACAACCUAGCCUGCAUGACUUUAUACAUCUUCUUUUUCUUUUUGAGUACGUUGAAAAAACCAACUGAAUAACCAUGAUAAAAAGCAAUAAUACUAAUAUAAUAAUGUUUGUUCUUUCUUGUAGCUAUGGCAAUAUAUCAGUUCA